AUGGUAUCACUUCAUGAUGGAUCUCCAAUUGUUGGUCAUGAAGCAUUCAGUGCGAAUGGCAGACUUGUCACUGAAUUUCUUGGAAUUCCAUUUGCUGAGCCGCCCGUGGGCGAAUUGAGAUUCAGAAAACCCAAACCUAAAGCACCGUGGAGAAAACUGUUUAAUGCUACCACAUUGCCAAAUUCGUGCGUACAGAGUUUGGAUUCGUAUUUUGGCGACUUUGAUGGAGCUACUAUGUGGAAUAGUAAUGUACCAUCUUCUGAAGAUUGCCUUUAUUUAAAUAUAUUCAUUCCUGGAAAAAUUGAUCCAGCAGCUAAAUUACCUGUAUUAUUAUGGGUUUACGGUGGUGGCUUUUGGUCUGGUUGUGCAACUCUGGAAAUAUACGACGGGAAAAUAUUUGCUAGUGAGGAAAAUGUUAUUAUUGUAUCCAUGAAUUAUCGAGUUAGCGUAUUUGGAUUUUUGUAUAUGGCAAGAGAAGAAGCACCAGGAAAUAUGGGUUUAUGGGACCAACUUAUGGCACUCAAAUGGGUUCAUAAAAAUAUUGAUUUAUUUGGCGGUGAUCCGAAUCGUAUCACACUUUUCGGUGAAAGUGCUGGUGCUGCUGCGGUAUCGAUGCAUUUGUUGAGCCCAAAAAGUACGCCUUAUUUUCAACAAGCAAUUGUUCAAAGUGGCAGUGCUACUGCGCCUUGGGCGCUGGAACAACGGAAAGUAGCAAUCGCAAGAUCAGUGGCAUUAUAUGAAGAUAUGAAAUGCGGUAAUAUGUCAAAAGAUCCCGAAAAAUGGGAUCUUAAUAAGGUAUUACAAUGCUUACUGGAUGCUCCAGCAGAAUUAAUUCGAGAUUCUGAAUGGGCACCAGUAAUGGAAUUCGUUGAUUUUCCAUGGGUACCAGUAAUUGAUGGUGAUUUUUUAAUUGAACAACCGUCGACUGCACUUAAGCAAGGAAAUUUCAAAAAGACACAAUUGCUUGCUGGUUCGAAUCUCGAUGAAUCAAUUUACUUUAUCGUUUAUCAACUUGGUGAUAUUUUUCCACCAAAUGAUUUUUUUACAAAGAACGAUUUUAUAACGAAUAGAUCAACGUGGCUGAGGAGUAUUUCUAACCUAUUACCGCGUUCAUAUAUGAAAUCACAACUUGGAUUGGCAUCGAUCAUUCAUGAAUAUGAACCUGCCGAAUUGCCAGUUAAACCAAACGAUUGGAUUGAUUCACUCGAUAAAAUGCUUGGUGAUAUGCACUUCACAUGCAAUGUUAAUGAAUUAGCAUUAGCCAAUAAUAUUCAUGGCGGUGAUUCUUACUAUUAUUAUUUUACACACCGCUCAAGUCAGCAAACUUGGCCAUCAUGGAUGGGUGUUCUACAUGGAUAUGAAAUAAAUUUCAUUUUUGGUGAGCCACUGAAUUCACAGAAAUAUAAAUAUACCCAAGAAGAAAAAGAGCUUAGUCGCCGAUUUAUGAGAUAUUGGGCCAAUUUUGCAAGAACGGGGUAA